AGCCGACUGAGCAUGCCUGAACGUUGCUCGGCCAGGAUGCGCGCUCGGCUAAUCCCAUUCACUGGGAGAGGGCCGUGGCGCACGCGCUCGCUCGCUCUGACUGGCUGCCGGGGCUGAGCCAGCGGCUGCGCCGGCUUCUGCAGGAAUCAGUGAAGCGGACGAACGUACCCCCCCGCUCUUCUUAUCCGCUGGGCACCUCCUUGGCAAGUCUACAAGAUCAAGAUUUUGUUGAUUUCUCAUCUAUGUGAAGCAAAACACUUACCAUUAUGUUUAGCACUAAAAGAUGGGAACUGAGGCUCAGAGAUAGUGACUCAACGAAGGCCAGCCAACUAAAGAAAAAAUCCCAGUCUAUUGAAAUUUCUGCAUCAGGUUAUGAUCCUCUGCCAUCAGCAGCACAACAUGCCCUGCAACCAACUAAGCCCACAGCUCUUAACAACACAACAACAUCUGAAGAGGAGCAGAAAAACACUGCAAAUUCCCAGCGGCGCAACCCACGGAAGGGUGAACUGAAGAGAUACUACACAAUUGAUACUGGCCAGAAGAAGACUAUAGACAAGAAAGAUGGGAGACGUAUGUCUUUUCAAAAGCCAAAAGGGACUAUAGAGUAUAUCGUGGAAUCAAGAGAUUCUUUGAAUACUGUGGCCUUGAAGUUUGAUACUACUCCUAAUGAAUUGGUGCAGUUAAACAAGCUGUUUUCCAGAGCAGUUGUUCCUGGACAGGUUUUAUAUGUUCCUGAUCCAGAGUACCUUUCCAGUGUGGAGAGUUCUCCUUCACUUAGUCCUGAAAGUCCUUUAUCACCUACCUCUUCAGAAGCUGAGGCUGAGAAGACAGCUGAUUCAGAUGGGACACAAAAGAAAGAAACAACAUCCAUACCAGCAUAUCCAUGUGUUCGGUCUACAAGAGUUGUAUCAUCCACAUCAGAAGAAGAGGAAGCUUUCACAGAAAAAUUUCUCAAGAUCAAUUGUAAAUACAUUACUAGUAAUAAGGGAACUGUCACCGGUGUGCUCCUAGUAACACCAAACAAUAUAAUGUUUGAUCCAUAUAAAACGGAUCCAUUGGUUCAACAGAAUGGCUGUGAAGAGUAUGGCAUCAUGUGUCCAAUGGAAGAAGUGAUGUCAGCUGCUAUGUAUAAAGAUGCAGAUGGCAAAAUGCAGGAUUCAUUACCCAUUGAUGUAGGUCAGUUAUCUGUAAAAGAUCUCUGCCACUUCAAGAAAAUUACCAGAAGUAAUACUGAUGAAAUGGAAUUAAGAAUGCGAGAUACAGGAAAUGAUAGUGCCAGUACUGCUCCAAGGAGCACAGAAGAAUCUCUCUCAGAAGAUGUUUUCACUGAGUCAGAACUGUCUCCUAUACGGGAAGAGCUUCUUGAUGAUCUUCGACAAGACAAAUCUUCUGGAGCUUCAUCUGAAUCGGUCCAAACAGUAAACCACGCUGUUGGAGAAUAUAUAAAGGAUAUUUCAGACUCUGCUAAUAUUGGGGAUGUAAACUCCAGUGGAGAACAGCCUUUGAAUAAUGACAGUGCUUCUGUUAAUGAAGCUGUGGACUCUAAAGCAGCGGACAAAGCAAUAAAAGGAGUUCAGAAUAUUGAAACAUGUCAGGAACCUAUAGAAGGAAACAUACCAGAGAAUGAGCAGCAUUUGGAUUCUGAAAAAACUGAUUCCCAAAAAGAGGCCACAAAUGAAGAGGAAACUGUGAAACUACCAACUCAAGAUUCUGAGACAGAUACUGAGAUGCUGCGGAAGCUUUGGAAGAGCCAUACUAUGCAACAAGCCAAGCAGCAACGGGAUAAUAUCCACCGUGAAGUGCACAAAGAAAUGAAACACAAAAUGGCAACAAUAGAUGGAACUAUAGAAGGUUCUCUAAUAAAAGAGAAGAGAAGACAUCGAUUAUACAAGUUCUUGUGUCUCAAAGUAGGCAAGCCAAUGCGAAAAACAUUUGUGUCACAGGCAAGUGCAUUGAUGCAGCAAUAUGCACAAAGAGAUAAGAAGCAUGAAUAUUGGUUUGCUGUGCCAUCAGAAAGGACUGAACAUCUGUAUGCAUUUUUUGUUCAGUGGAGUCCAGAAAUAUAUACAGAAGAUACAGGAGAAUCAAAUAGAGAGCCAGGAUUUAUUGUAGUAAAAAAAAUUGAAACUCAGUCUGGUGAAGAUUCAAUUAAUGAAACAGCUGUUAAGGAGUGGGAGGUAGUGUCAGUGGCUGAGUAUCACCGCCGAAUCGAUGCUCUAAUUAGUGAAGAACUACGUACACUCUGCCGACGUCUCAAGAUUACUACAAGAGAAGAUACAUAUUCAAAGCAGGGAACAACUAUCAAAACCGAACUGGAGCCUGAAGCAUUUCGGCCAAAUCUUAGUGAUCCCAGUGAACUGUUGCAGUUGGAUCAAAUUGAAAAGCUAACAAAACAGCUCCCUCCUCGAACUAUUGGCUAUCCAUGGACUCUUGUCUACAGUACUGCAAAGCAUGGCAUGAGCUUGAAGACUUUGUACAGAACUAUGGCAGGCUUGGACACACCAGUGCUGCUAGUUAUCAAAGACAGUGAUGGACAGAUUUUUGGAGCUCUCGCUUCUGAACCUUUUAAAGUGAGUGAUGGGUUUUAUGGCACAGGAGAAACUUUUCUUUUUACAUUCUGCCCAGAAUUUGAGGUCUUCAAGUGGACUGGAGAUAAUAUGUUUUUUCUUAAAGGAGACAUGGAUGCCUUGGCUUUUGGUGGUGGAGGGGGUGAAUUUGCUUUAUGGCUUGAUGGAGAUCUUUACCACGGAAGAAGUCACUCUUGUAAAACCUUUGGGAAUCGCACACUUUCUAAGAAAGAAGACUUCAUAAUACAAGAUAUUGAAAUUUGGGGCUUUGAAUAAGUAUAAACUGUUAAAUACUACAAAAGUUUGUCCCAAACCUGAUACUGAUCAAUGCAGCUCAGAAAGCCCUUAAAGCAAUAUAAUGUAGCUUGUUUUGCAAUGCCUUUCUACAUCCUCUGCAUGACCAUCAAAAUGUCUUUCACAUCAGCAUAUUGGAAUGUUCAGACUUUUUUUUUUCAUUUUUGAAAGUUAAAAAAGUUUUCAAAUCGUAAUUGAUUAUUUCUUUAUGGGAGGCAGGUUUUUAUCAUCAUGUCAUUCACAUAUCUAUUUGUUCUAUUCUCACAACUCAAAAAAAUCCUUUAUUACUGUUUCACUGAAGCAACCUUUAAGCAACAUAAAAUCUAAUUUGAGUUAUACUGUAUUUAGUUGGCCUAAGUAAGAGAGGUUCAUAAUUUACCAACAGUGAUCAAUCUUGCCUGUUUAUUUCAAUCAAAUAUCACCACAUAUUUUAUUCACAUGUCAUGAAUUGUUGUAUUUUACUGUUGAAACAUAGCUGCCCUAUUGAUUGUAUUGAAGCAUUUUUCACAUGCCAUUAAAUGAUCUGCAGGCUUGGGACAAAUGCUGGGCAAGGAUUCAGCUACGUGAUCAAGAUAUAUAAAAUAGCAAUGAGCAACUUGAAAAGUAAGCAUAAUGCAGUGAGUAACUCAUAGUACAUAUAAUAUCUUCUUAUUGCUAAAGCUAUGAAACAGAUGCAAUUUUCCAAACAACAUAUAAUACGCAUCAAAUUUAUGCGUGUGUGUCUGUAUGUAUAUCUACACAUGCACACACAUACAUAACACACCACUCUGUUUUAUAGUUCUUCUGUUGUAGCCUUGUAGCACAUCAUCUCCAAGAAUUGCUCCUGUCCAAAACAGAAAACAAAAUAGGUGUGGUGUUUUUCUCUUCUUUUGAGUGGAUCUGUGUUGUAAAACUGCAGUUUGCACCAGCUCUGAUGCAAUGGGGUAACGUACUCUAGAUAGACAUCAUAACUCAGUAGAUGUGUUAAUAUGCAAAAUUUACUGUUCUGUGACCUCAAAGCAAAAAGAAAAAAAAGAAAAAAAAACACAAAUUAUAGUAAAUCAGUAGCUCUUGUCCACUUUUGUAGAAAAACUAAAAAGCCAUUGUGGCAAUAACAACAGUUGUUUCAAAGCUUAUAUUCUAUGUUUAUGCAAAAGAAAACUAAUUUAAAAAUGCUGUUAAUGUGACAGUGAAUGACUUUGUGCUGAAAUCUCAGCUAUUCUAUUUCAAAUGAAUAUUGUAUAUAUUAACUUGUACAUUAAUGUUUAAAAGUAGUUUUUGUUAUUUUAGAAGGGGGGAAAGUAUUGAUUGAUGGGUUGCUUCUAGCACUUUAAAUUAUUCUAGCAAUGGAAUAAAAAGCCAAAUGGCUUAGCUCAAAUAAUUAGCUAUAGUUGUAUAGAAUGUUACUAAUAUAAAUUGUUUCAGAAUUACCUGGGGAAUGCUUACUGCUGUGGUAAUGGAAAAGAGAAUAUUUUAUCCUACAAUAUGCUCAUGCUUUAUAUUGCUAAAAAAAACACACAGCAUUGUUUUCUGUCUCAAUGUAUAGCUCUUUACUUCUAUUAGUAGAGUAUAUGUAGAUUCAAUGUUUACAGACAAAGAAGUGUAAAUAAAUUAAAAUAGCUUCCCCCCCUUUUGUCUUCCACAGCAGUGUUAUUGUCUUUGUGGGUUCACUAACUAAACAAUCCUGUGAUGGAUUAAAAUACUAUAAGGUAAUAGUGAUCUAAAGCAAAUAAAUCUAAAUUCAUGUAA